CAAAGCAAAUUGUGGAAUAAUAUUGAAUUUAUUUUUGCGAUUUAUUUUAAUGUAAAAGUGAUUGAGAAUAUAAUAUCAUAAUGGAGGAUGAAAUUGACGAAUGUAUACGGAAAAAGAUACAAUGGCAGCAGUUACCUGGCAAUAUAAAAAAGAUGUUGAAUGAGUCUCCAAGAGAAUAUGAACGAUACAUAUUCGAAUUCAGUAUAAAAAAUCAGCUGAGAUUUCGAGGAAGCUUAGUGCGAACAGUAAGGAAAGAUGAGAGAAAGUAUUAUGAAGCCUUGGUACAGAACAGUAUACAGAGACUCAUGCUCUACCCAUAUCACUUAGCAGAUAUGAUUGUCAAAGGACUAAGAAUAACUCCGUUCAUAUAUUAUAUUGAAGUGGUGGCACUGUUGAUAGAAUGUGAGAAGAGCUAUGACACUAUGCCUAAUUUUACCGCUGCCGACUGUUUACGGCUCCUAGGCGUGGGACGUAACGAAUACCUAGAGCUGGUAGCCAAAGCGCGCUCGCUGGGCCGCCGCGGUCGCUCCAGGGCCAUACGCUCGCUUCUACCGCGCGUGCCCUUGAACAUACCUAUGCAACCGUGGUGGAGGGUGGAAUUAGGAUAUGUCCUUGAAGAAGACGUUAAGCCCCUGAGCGAGAAAGAGAAGCACCUAAUAGACUUGCUGAUAGACCAGGGCUCGCAGACCGCCGGCACUCUCGACUACCACCUUGUCAAGAGACUGUACAGGCGUGGUCUGAUAUACCUAGACGUGCCAAUCACAUCAGCUGACAAGGUUUCAGUGCCACCGCUGAAGGGCUUCGUGAUGAAUCGCAUCGCGGGCGACUACUUUGAGACGCUGCUGUACAAAGUUUUCGUCUCCAUCGACGAGCAUACUAGUGUCGCUGAGUUAGCUACCGUGUUACAGGUGGAGUGUGAGUUAGUGAAGCAAGCAGUGUCGCUGUACUGUCGCCUGGGCUUCGCCAAGUGUCUGCAGCCGCCGCCCGUGUCGCCGCAACACCCGUCUUGGAGAGACGCGCUCACAACACACCAUCAUCAGCCGUACAGACAAAUAGCGCCGUUAACGUUUGACCCCAACGUAGAAGAGGAUCUACAGAUGGACCCAGUACUUAUUAAAGACAUACCUUCAACAUCGAAACAGAGGUCCCAGGAUAUGACAGAUGCAUCAACCAAUAAUGCAGGACAAAGAGUGGCAGUUCUAUUCGAUUCCACGCUUGCCGCUUACCUUAUGAUGGGGAAUUUAUCUCCUGACCUAAAAAGUCACGCGGUAACGCUGUUCGAAGUGGGAAAACUCUGUGACGAAAGUUUGGACAGUUUGCUCAUAGAAUUGGACAAGGUGGUAGGCGAUCCGGAGAUUGAAGGCGAAGCGAGAAGAUACCUAGCGGCUGCAGCGUGCCUCCGCGUAGCGCUGCGAACCCUGCGUCCUAAACUACGACCGUUAGACCUUUUGCGCUGUGAAGCGCUGCAUGCGCUGGAUGCGCCGGCGCGUAAUCGGCUACUUGUCACCAAGUAUCGACUGGCCAUAUCAACAGCGCCGCUGAGUAGAGAGGCUCGAGCGGGCGCGGCGGCGGGCGCGUUGCCGCACGUGGGCCCCGCGCCGCCCGAAGCCUCCUCGCCCUGGAUGCGGCUUUACCUUUACCAUCUCGCUGGCUAUGGCCCUCCCACAUUAUUACUCACCAAAGGCACAGUCCUCCGCGGUGUUCCCCGUUCGCUGCUCGGUUUCUCUCGGCUGGCGGUGUCGUGGUGGGGCGCGGAGUCCGAAGCCGCGGCGCUUCCGGCGGCGGCCGCUCUAGCCGCGGCUAACUCUGCCCUGAGGAGAGGACCUGUACUCAUACAAGCAGCUGGCGUGCGUGGCGUGCCUACUGUGGUGCACGUGUCCUUCCCACCUACUGCUGAGAUACAUGAUGAACUCCAAAGCCUGUGGAGAAAGCAUACUGGUUUGCGGCGGUUGCUGCGUCGGCUGAGGCUCACGCGCUCUGCAGGAUACGUGACUCUGGCAGAUAUCGGAGUUCCAGAUUUGGGCUGCGCGCACCCCCCCGUCGCUGUACAAUUGGUUGCUCCAAGAAAACGUAAGGAUAUUUGCGGCAUGGCGAAACCAGUUAGUGAGAUAUCAAUAUCCUCCAACGAAUCUGCAAAAGAAACCACAGAAUACACAAAACCUAUCAGCAAUCUACAGUCACCCAUAGAGUCUCACUUCGCUGUGACCCCCACAACUGACAGCAAAGCCAGCUCCCCAGCAAAUGGCUUCACGAGCAUCGAAAGUGGAAAGUUACUCUGCGAAGAACUCGAUAAUCUAAACAUCGAUACACAUCGGAGCAAAGAAUCGAUUGUUAGCGACGAUUUUGUACCGAUACAUUCCUCGAUCAGUUUCGACGAUUUACAAGACAGUCGUACACAUUCCAAGGAUUCCAUAAAAUCUAUUUCGGACGAAUUAGUUCAAAUUCAUACGCCGACAAACGAGAAAGACAACCGAAAAAUAAAAUCUGAAGAGCAGUUGUGUGAUUUAACAAAUCCGAAGGACAAAGUAGAUUUAAAUACGGAUAAGUUCAGUGAUUUAUCGAGUGAAAAAGAUUUGCUAAAACAGUUUAGUGAGAAGAAGAGGGAUAGGAAGUUUGACGACCAGUUGAGCGAUUUGUUCAGUCCAGUGGAGGAGUCCAUAUCGAUGUUCACCCAGUUGACGGAUAAGUUGACGGAGAUUACCAAUGAGGGGGACAGCGGUGUUGAUACGGCGCAUAACAACUCCGAUGACGAAACGUGUAAACCAGAGAAAUGGACGAUUCUAGAUCUCCAAUUUGGCAUUCCAUUAUUUGAUGAGGUAUUAUGCGAAAAAGUUUGCAGCAGCAUAGUGGAAAGGAUAGCGAAACCAGAAUUAUUAGAGAAAGUCAGAGAAGAUAACGAGUUUAUACGAACAGAUGUAUUGAGAUUCGUUUCACAGUGUCAGUAUUAUCCUGGAGAAGAAAUGGGCAUAGUCAAACGCGGUACGUUAGUACCUCUGCCGAGAAAAAAUCUAGUUUUCGAGAACGGACGCAUAAGCGAGUGGAACGGGAAGUGAUGCUGUCUCACUCUAACAUUGGAAAUAAGAGUAUAGGAGCGCAUUCUGUCUCACUUUGACUGUGACUUGAUGUAAUCCUGAGCCUUGAUUGGCUGUCGUCGAGUAAAAAUAAAAAAAGAAAUAUUUAUGAGAUUAAUAUAUUAUUAUAUACCAUAAUGUAAUGUAUAGUAUAGUAAAUGGUUCUCAUACUUGCAAACGUACGACGUCUGUACUAAGUACUUCUGUCCGGUUUAAUCGGCGUGUAGGGUAUACACCGACAAAACUGGAAGCAUAACAUAAAAAAAAUUAAGUUAUCGUAGUAUCAAAUUAGGACACGUAAAUUGUUUUAGAAUUUUUUUCAAGAAAUAAUA